AUUCCUGCAGAACCUAUAAAGCCAUUAACAGCAGCAAUACAGCAGAUCACAUCUGAAGGAAGGUCUGAAGGUCUGAAGGAAAGAGCUUAACUGAACCCAUUAUGGGGGACACUAAGCUCUGCCUUUUGCUGUUUCUAAGUGGAAUAGUCUUGACAUAUGCUCAAGAUGAGGAAUUACCAUGCCUUUUGGCCAAAAGGUACAAGAGCUUCCACAAGUAUGAAUACACCUACGAAACAGAGUCCCUAAAUGCACUGAACGGAGCAACCAACGGCCCCAAAGCAAGAUGCAAGGUUGAAAUUGAGGUCCCACGUACAUGCAGCUACAUCAUGCGCACAACAGAGUGCGAGUUGAGUGAGGUGACUGAUGUUGAUGCAGAAGGAAAGCCUAUCUUUGGGCCAUCUGCUGGUGCAGACGCUUUCAAGGCUGCCAUGGAGAAGAACCUACUGAAGUUCACUGCUGAGGGAGAUGAUGACAUCAAGUUGUUUCCAGAGGAUGAUGAACCAGUCAAUAUUUUGAACAUCAAGAGAGGUCUAAUCUCUGCCCUGGCAGUGCCUGUGUUGGAGGAGGACAGGAACAGGAGAAUGCCCACUAUCUACGGUAUGUGCAAGACAGGCUACACUGUGAACACCAGAGAGGACAUUGCCACCGAUGUCACCCUCAACAGAGACCUGUCUAAAUGUGACAAUUUCAGACCGGUCAAGGACCACACCAGUCCCCUGGCCCUUAUCACAGGCCUGCACUACCCACUUGCUAAGCUCAUUGAAAGCAGUCAAACCUGCAACUACAAGUUUGAUAAUGCACAGAAACACAUGACCUCUGCUUCCUGCACUGAAAAACACAUGCUUGUGCCUUUUUCUUACAAAGGACAGUAUGGAGUUACUAAUGUAGGAAAACAAGUCUUAACUCUUGUGGGAGUGUCAGUGCACAAUGAUAGAAUCUUUGAGCAUGAUGUAGCCAACAUGAAGACCUUACAUCUUGAUGGAAGCAUUGACUCAGUCCAUCCAAUUAAGGAUAAAGAGGUCAUGCUUUCUGUUCUACGGGAACUGGCUGGCCUUUCCGAGACCAACAAUGGACACAACAGAGCCCACCUAGCUCACAAGCUCAUCGCUACAAUCCGCAAAAUGAAUUCUGAAAGCCUGAGCGCUGCUCUCCCAGAGGCCCUGGAGAUUUCUCGCUCCCUGGUGUACCAGGCGUUGUUCCAGUGUGGCACGCCAGAAUGCACCAGCUCCAUCUUGCAGGUUCUCAGGACCUUUGACCGUUCUUCUUUAGAGAUUGAUGCUGCAGUGUAUGCCAUGGGAAUGGUUCCCAACCCAUCCAGAGACCUUGUUGAGGAAAUGCUGAAGAUGGCCAAGUACAAGAACAGCAAGCCCAUCUACUAUGCCCUUAGCAAUGCUGUCAGGAGGCUCUAUGAAGCUGAAGGAAGUGUCACCCCAGAGAUUCAGGGAGUUGCUGAUUACGCUCUUGAACAGAUUGGUGACUGCACAGGCGACCAGGAACAUGUGUACCUUUCCCUGAGGGUCAUUGGAAACAUGGCUGCUGCCGUCGGAGCCGCAAGCCCUGCUCUAAAAUCUGCGAUUAUCCAAUGUGUAAACCAACCUGCUGCAUCCCCUGAGGUCCAGCAAGCUGCUAUUCAAGCUUUUAGACUCACUUCUGUCCCUGACGAGGGCAGAGAGGUGCUAAUGAAGGUCAUUUUCGAUGAAGCCGCACCCAUACAGAAGCGCGUUGCUGCGUAUCUCAUUGUGAUGAAGGACCCUCAGCCGUCUGAACUGGCUCAGCUGGUUGCUGCUCUGCCUAAAAAUGAAAACUGUCAGGCUAUGAGCUUUGUUAAGUCACAUAUCAGCAACAUCCUAAGCUCCACAGCAUCUGAGACUAAAGAACUUCGAGAUAAGAUUGUCAAUGCCCUCCAAGACAAUGAGAUCAGAACUUCCACAGAUCCAACAAAGUACUCACGCAAUUACAAGAUUGGCUCUCUAGAGGGAAAUGUGAUCUUUGAGUCUGAAGAACGUCUGCCCAAUGAAGUCAUCCUGGAGAUGGCCCUGAAUGCUUUUGGAUAUGAUGUAGACAUGUUUGAGAUUGGGUUGAAUGGCAAGGGACUGGAGCCCACUGUUGAUGCCCUUAUGGGUAUUGAUGGAUUCUUCCAUGACACCAUGCAGAAGACAAUUAACUAUGCAGCUGAUAAAGUGCCAAGAGGCAACGACAUUAUGCAGAGAAUGUUCCCAGCUCUAUGGAAUAACAUAAAAAUGCAACAGGCUCCUCAAAGCAUUGUCAAGGAAAUCAUGGAUAAUGUUAACAAGCUCAUCCAGAAACUAAAGGUCCAGGAUAACCCAGAGGCUAUGGUCUACCUGAGGCUUUUGGGUGCUGAAAUGGGCUAUCUCAAAACCAAGGAUAUGGAAGGCAUGGCCAGCUCUGCUGCUUUGCUGGCUAAUAGACUCUUAAACAUGUUCCCUGUUGAUUUCUUAAGGAACCUUUACUCAAGUGUCAACAACAACCUUUUCCUUCACUACGUCUUCUUGGACAAUGAGUUUUAUCUACCCACUGGUACUGGAGUUCCAUUAAGAGUUGCCCUGUCUGGUACUUUUGCUCCAGGAGUGAAAGGAGGACUGAAAAUUGCCCCUGAUAUGAGCGAAAUGGCUUUCAUGCCAUCUGUUGGAGUGGAGUUUGUGACUGAGGUUGGAGCUCUCUUACCUGACUAUGUUGAGUCUGGUCUAGAGAUGCAUACUAACAUCUAUCAUGAGAGCGGUCUUAAAGUAAAGGUUUCUGUAACCAAAAAGCAGCUCAAGCUGACCUUUCCCACACCCCAAGCUCCAACAAAACUCAUCAGUGUGACUAACUCCUUGUUCUCAGUGACUGGUAUUGAAACAAAGACUAUCCCUCCAAUGAUGGAACAUGUCAAGGCACAGAAAUGCACUCCUUUCUUCCCUGGUUUUAAGUACUGCAGUGCCCUGCAAUAUUCAAAUGCAUUUUCCAAGGAUGCCUCUCCCUACUUCCCCUUGACUGGUGACAGCAAAUUUGCCAUUGAAAUCCACCCCACUGGUGAGGUUUCUGCAUAUACAGCUAUUGUCGACUAUGUGUAUGAAGACAAAGUUGACAAGAUUACUUUUGGUCUGAAGGCAGAAGGAGCAUCAUUUGAGGGGACUGCAAAACUGAUGUUCGACAGACAGAAAUACAGUGUCUCAGCUGAUCUCCAAAUUCCUGAUUAUGACCUUGAAGCUGGAAUUCGGGUUCAUUCUGUUGAACGCAGCACUCAGAGCAGGGCCACACAUUCCAUUCAGCUUGACUUCAUUAACAAGAAUAUACCUGAGGCAUCUCUUAUCGCCCUUGCUAAGACACAGUCAAUGAAGGAUGCCAUGCUGCAGGUUCAGCUGCUCAUUCCUCAUUUUCAGACUGAUGCUAAAGUAACUGCACAACUGAAGGGUCUUGCAGUAGAGCUUGAAAGUGAACUUAGUCUCCCGGAGAAAACGUCCUCUAUCCAGAAAGUCAUUCUGAAAUAUGAUGCGGAGAAGAUUGAGGCUGAGGUCAUUUCUAAUGUUAGCACAGAGAUUCACAACAGUAUUCCUAUGGAUGCCAUCAAAACCACAGUCAGUGACCUGCUUGAUCAGAAGAUUGGUACAUAUGAUAUGAAGAUCCGUGAUGUCUUGAUCCAGUCAGUUGAGGCCUCAAAUACCUACCUGGAGCAAUUAGCCACCAACAUCCCAUAUGUCCAGGGCUUUAGGAUUCCUGCCCUUCCAGAAUUCACUGUCCCCAAGAAGCUUUUCCUGAAUGCCGAGGGUUCUGCUAAAUACAAGUUUGGCCAGAAUUAUUAUACCAUCUCCAUUCCCCUUCCUCUUGCUGGGAAAUCUUCUGGAGAUUUCAACUUCCCUGCUGCCCUGACCACACCAAAACUGGUAUUACCUCAGCUUGGCCUGGAAGUUGAUUCCAUUAGCAUUCCUCUUCCAGAGGUUUUUGUUCCUGAGAGUCUGUCUGUGUCAGUGCCUCACACGAUAAAGGCAGAGAUGUCCAGCAAGCUAAACAGCAACUUUUACAACAUGGAGGCAACAAUUUCCGCUGGCAGGGAACUUGGUGAGAAACCAAGCUAUUCUGCCAUGAUUGAAGCAACUGGAACUAGCCCAGUGGAUCUCCUCUCCUUCAAAAUGGAAGGAUCUGUAUUAGUGGAAGAAACACCUGGGGAAUCUUUGAGGGCUGAGCUGAAAUCCGCAUUUGAUCAUAAGCUAUUUGAAGCCAGUCUUAAUUAUGCCGAGGAACUGACUACUGCUGAAAAAAUCAAAUUUAACUCAAGCAGCAAGAUUGAGGCUAACAGUCCCUUGGGUCUGAAGAUUUCACUGGAACACACAGACCAGAUUAGAUUCAAUGAGGAUGAGAUCUCUGGAAAAGGAAACCUGAUGGGCUCCAUCAAGGCUGGUCCUCUGAAUGGUGAAGUUGCUGUCAGUCAGUCAUUUAUUGUACUCCCAUUUAAGCCAGAAGUGAAAAUUGAGUCCUCUCUGAAAGUAGACUCAGACCUUUUCCAAGCAGAGAACAUAAUUGAAGCGGUGCUUGCCAAUGGAGAGCUCUCUGUUAUCUCAAAAACAACUGCAUUUGAGAACACUCUGAUACAUGACGCUGAAAUUACCUAUACAGGGUCUCUACUUGCUCUGAAGUCAGAAACAAGGGCAGAGGUUCUUAGUCUUAACAUCCGAAAUGUAGCUGCGGCUAGUGCUAGUCCAGAUUUGGUCAACAUUAAAAUUGAGACUAAGGCUGACACUUCUGCUGGGGAUGAAAAUCGUGUCCUUUCCCAGUUUGUAGCAACACUGGAUGCCAAUGGGCUGGAUGUAAAAGGUGAUGUCUCUGCAAAUCUUAUUGAACACACAGCUUCCCACAAGUGCAGCCUAUCCCUGACCAGGGAUGGCCUGGCCACGAGUGGCACAACCUCAAUGGAAAGCACUCUCAUUCCUUUGACGCUUGAGAACAAAUUCAACGGAGACCUUGACACAUCAAAGCUUUCCUUGUCAGCUGAGACGAAGGGUACAUUUAUGGAAAUGCUAAUUAAAAAUACAAAUUCUCUGUCUGCAUCCCUGUCUUUGGUAGCUUUCAAAUCCAAAACGGAUCUUGAUGGCAAUGCUGUAACUUAUAAUCAUGAUAUCUCCAUUCAGAUUGAGCCAUAUAGUACUUCAUUGGCAAUCAAAAAUAAUCUGAAAGUUCUGGAUAUCACUCUAGAUAAUGAUGCCCAGUUUAAAGCGCUUCCAUACACAGCUGACCUGAAAGGCUUUUGGAAGCUUUCCUCUGGUGUAGAUGAACUGAAGCACACAUAUGAGAUCAGAUAUGUAGAUCUGGCUGUCACUGCCAAGUGUGGUACUACUGGAAAACUCAUGGGCUCUCACAUGAGUCACAACACAGAAAUUGAGGUUGCUGGACUUUCAGUCACAUUCGGCAGUGAUGCGCUUUUAAACUCCCAGUACCUACGCUUCAACGGUAACUUUCAUGCCACUGCUGUUCCCUUCAGAUUUAACGUUGACGCUAUGGCCAAUACAGAUGGUGAUUUGUAUCUGUAUGGAAAACAAAGCGCACAAGUUUACACUAAACUUCUUUUGAAGGCAGAACCACUUGCUUUUGCACACUCACAUGAAUGCAGAGUCUCAACAACUCACAAUUUGGACAACGGUCUAUCAAUUGAAACCAACCUUGACAAUAAGAUUGAUACCGUGCUGACACCAUCUGAGCAGCAGGCCACAGUGAGAGUAAAAUCUAAGGUUAACAACCAUUUGUUCAACCAAGAUGUGAGUGUUUACAACAACCCUGAAAGACUUGGAGUAGAACUAUCUGGAUCCAUAAUCACAAACCUCUUCAAUGGGGUUGACUCUGACGAUCAAGACCACCUUUUUUCAGCCUUCCUAAAAUACGAUAAAAACACUAACAGCCGUAUCUUUAGCCUACCAUUGAUUCAGCAUUUUCCUUUGGACCUGCAACACAUUAAACUUACAAUUUUAAAGAUUGCUGAAGCCAUGCAGUAUUAUAUCAACCGAGAAGACAUAAUAGCUGAGAUUCAGAACCUGGCUAAGUACAUUAGUGAUUCUGUAAAUGAGCUAAAUCUGGAGAGGAAAAUCAUCAAGAUGAGGGAAGAGCUGAUUGCUGUUUAUGAGAUGUAUGGAUUUACUCUGGAUGACCUGGAGGCUGCUCUGAUGAAUCUAAAGCCUGUUUUGUUGAAGCUAGUCACUGAACUGGACUCUUUUGUAGAAGAUGCUGACACUGCAAUACAGAGACUAACAGAAGAACUGAAUGCAUUCAAUAUGAAAUAUGACAUCAGAGCCAUAGUUAUUGCUGUCAUUGAAGCAACUGAAAAUUUAAUAGAGCAGAUUGAUGUAACAAGACUGAAGGGCAGCGGCAGUGGCCUCUUGCGAGAUCUUGAGGAAAACUAUGCUAUUAAAUCCACACUGGAGAAUAUUUUGAGUGAACUGAAGCAGUUUGUUGCAAAUUUUGACCAAGGAAAGUUCAUUGAAGAUGUGAAGAACUUUGUUACCUCUGCCAACUUCAAAGACUAUGCAGGCAAUUUGGUGGCUCAAAUCCCUACAGAGGAAAUCCGCAAUACUGCUGAAAAAGCAAAACAAGUUCUUACUGUACUGGGAGGGAAGCUUGAUGCCGUGGGAGGAUUCCUGGUUAGAUCUGGGGUUGACAAGAAGAUUGAAGCAAUUCUGAAAAAGGUUUUUGACCUUGUUAAGAAGUUCAAUAUCGAAGGAACUGUCAAGGUUCUUGUUGGCACUUGGAAAUCUGUUCUGACCCCCAUCACAGAUCUGCUGGAUAAGGCCAUGACCUACUUGAAAACAACAGAGGUAAAGGAAAUCAUUGAGCAUUUAAACAACUGCCUAAACCAUUACAUCCGAUAUGUUAGGUCAUUUGACUACAAUGCAUUUGUGGAUGAAGCCAACCAGAAAGUUAAGGAGAUGAUAAAUGAUCUGUACACCAUGAGUUUGUCACUUGAGAUCCGGCAAAAGCUUGAGGCAAUCAGAGAAUUUGUCAGUUAUGCUCUGUCAUCUCUUACCGCUUGCUUUGAGGAGCUGAAAACAAUCAAAGUUGCAGAUGUGGUAAGAAACCUCAAGGACAUUGUUGAAUGGGUAGUCUACGUUGACUCUGAGGCACUUAUAGAGAGUAUCAGGAAGAUAAUUACAGACAUGGAUAUCAGAGAAGAAAUCAUGCGUCAAGUGAGUGGUAUCUCCACAAAAGUAGUAUCCAUUGCAACAGAUAUAUGCAGUGCCAUUAUGAAAAUAAUCCAAACCAUCUUUAAAGAACAGGCAAUUGUAAAUGAGAUGAAGCAAUUCUGUGAUGGAGUCAAGACAGGACUAAAAACAGCUGAAUUUGAAAUCCCAUCUUUCACUUUCCCACUUACAGACCUUGUUGUACCCUCCAUAAAAAUAAGUUUAGAGAAGCUUCAGGAAUUCAGCCUCCCUUCUACACUGAUUGACCUUCCAGAGUUUACCCUUCUGCAAUAUUACACUGUGUCACCAAUCAGAAUAGAGUAUGAUGAUAUCAGACAGGGACUAUUAGACCUAUUAAACUUAAUUGCCAAUUAUGAAAUGCCACCUGCUGAGGCCAUCUUUGGCGACCUAAGAAUUAUUUACCUGCCAGAAAUCUCUGCCAUCACAUUGCCAGAAAUCAGUUUUCCAGAGAUCUCCUUCCCUGAAAUACCUAAAUACUUUCCAGAUCACAAAUUCCCAGACCUGCAGUUACCAGAAUUCACUCUCCCUGCAAUCCCUAGUGAGGUCAUGAUGCCAUGCUUCGGAAAGCUGUAUGGUGAGGUUAGGGUCAAUAUUCCAAUUUUCAACAUGAGAACUACCAUGGAAUUCCUAAACUCUACUGAAAGUGCAGAAACGCCUCAAUUCACUGGGCACAUUACCUCACAUGGAUCAUCCAAAUUUGACAUUCUUAAAUACAGCUUGGAUUCCACAGCUCGGGUUGCCAGCCCUAAGAUGAGUCGUGUGAUUGUUUCUGAAACCCUGAAGUUCACUCACAGUGUCCUAGCUGUUGAACAUCAAUCCUCAGUGUCACUCUACGGCUUCUCAGCCCAGGCUGUGUCCAAGAGCAAUGUGAAGAUAACUAUCAACUCCCUUAGUGCUAACAUUGAUAACAUGGCCUUAUUUGCACUGGAGGAUGGAAUGUCUGCAAAUAUUAAAACAGAAUAUACGCUCUCAUUGAAUGGUGACUAUUCCUACAUUAAUGAGAUAACUCUUAAGCAGGAUGGCUUACAAAUCCUUCUGACCAUGAUGGAAGAAGUCAAGUGCCAAAUGCAUGAUGAGUCUGAUGAUAAAACCAUCAAAAGUAUGUCAAAUAUAAUUAUUACUCCAACAACAGCCACAUUAACCAUUUCUACAGAUGGUGAUUGUGGAUCUUUAAAGCUUAAAGAGAAAAUAAAGGCUGAAGGUGUUUUCUUGAACUACAUCGACUUUAAUGUCCGUCUUGAAGGAAAUCUUGAUACUGGAGACAAUUACUUGCUGAUAGCUUCUGGAAAGGCUGAUCUCAGAGAAAUGAAGGUAGUGACAAAAGCAACCUAUGACACAAAGUUUGUUGGAUUGCUCAGUGGUACAUUUUCCAGUGCCUUCAACAUAUUAGUGCAUCCCUUUGAGGUGGUCCUUGAUUUCCAAAACAAGGCUAAUACUAAACUCAGCUUCAAGGACCCUCUGACUGCCAAGAUUGAUCUUCAGAAUGAUUAUGCUGUUAUCAUAAAUAACAACAUGCAGAAGUUGAGCACUGUGGCACUUGCUCGUUUCAACCAGUACAAAUACAGUCACAACUUUACAGCUGCCAACAACGGAGAUGAGGCUGGCAUUUAUGCUGCAGUAAAUGGAGAGGCCAAUUUGGAAUUCCUGACUGUCCCAUUCAGUAUCCCACCUAUCCAGUUUGAAACAUUAACUAUGAUUGUUGAUACUCCAGAAAUCAGCGACAUCAACCUAUAUGAACAUACUGGCCUUAAGCAUUUGUUGACCAACUUUGACCAGGCUAUUGAUGUAGAUGCAAAGAUUGUCUACCAGAAGAGCAAAGCUGCACCCAUUGUUGAUCUUGGUCUCAUUAACAUCCGUCCUCUGGGUGAUUUAAUCUCUGAGGUGUCAUUCAAGUCUUCUAUAUUCAACCUUAAUGCUAAUGCUGGUAUCUAUGGGAAAGAUAACCCUGUAAUUCAAUUUGUAGCAAUUACAGCCUCUGAGUUUGAGGGACUGAAGGCCAAGCUUGAAGGAACCAGCAGUCUGAGCACCAAAAGUGGAUUCAAAUUAGCCAAUUCUGUGGUCCUGGAAAAUCAACACAUUGAAGGAACCCAUGAAAGCACUGUAAUUAUAAACCCAGAUAAAUUUGAAGUAGCACUGUCUGUGACUACAGCUGCAAAUAUUAACCUACCCAUUCUUACAGUUAAAGCCAACCACCAAUUUACUGCUGACAACAAGGUCCAUCCAAAAGUUGAUUCAACUUUUAAGACAGAGUACACAUUUGACAUUCCCAUUAUUAAGCUGGUUGGUAAAGGAAAUGCUGAAAACAUCUUAAAAGGUGAAGGUACUCUUACGUUUAUCUCUGCUGAGACUCUCAUAAAGGGUAUCAUUGAUGGAGCAUUCCUAGAUAGUGGUAUUGUAAAAGGAGCUCUAACUUAUGACGAAUCCAUCUAUCUGAAUGGCAACAGUUUGCGAUAUGCUCUUAAGACUUUUGCCAAUGGCAACCUGAAUUAUGAAGAUCUCAAGGUAGCAUUUGAUGUGGAUGAAAACCUGUCUGUGGAAACAGCUAUGGAACAUGUUUAUGCCAUUUCAAAGUUUUCUUCCAAGAAUGAAGCAAAUAUUGGAGGUUUUUACACAAAGGGAGAUCAUACUGGCCAGGCUAUAGUUGAUCUGGAGCUUCUAAAGUCACUGGCGGCUGAUAUGAAAAUGGACCUGUCUCAACCAAGCACCUUUGGUGACCUAAGGAUUUCUGAGAUGGUGUUGGUGGAGCUUAGUGUACCCAAGCAGAAAAUUGACUACACCUCAAAGAUCGUCUCCCCAGUAUACACCACAAAUGUUGUUGCAAAACUAGAUGGUAGUGCCCCAGUUUACCAGACUGUUCUCAUGGCUACAGCCACUUCACCAGUUGUGCUCCUGGAGUACAGUCUUAACAGCUCCAUGAGUACUACAAUGGAGAAUGGUGCCCUUGUUGUAGGAGCAAAUGCUGUACUUACACAUGCUGACUUUACAAUGGACAUCAGCAAUGUUCUUCGCAUGAGUGAUCCUAGCCAUAACCUGAAUGUGGACAUCACCAGCCCAACAUUCACUGAUGUAGACUUUCGCUAUGCUGCUCGAAGUGAUGGCAUAAGUGCCUCAGUUUCCACACCAACAACUGGUCACCUUGGCUUCUUGCUUCAAGGAAAGAUUCCAUCUGAAAUUAAUGCGAGGAUCUACAGUCGUUAUGCUUCUGCACCAGGAGAUGAUGUUGAAAUUCUGAACAUCAGAGCUUCACCAAUGGGAGAUGAAAAAGUACUGUCGGUCAGCUACAGUAUACCAGCCACACAAGAUUUGGCCGAAGGCUUUAUGGAGAGGCUACCAGUUAUCUCAUCCCAUAUUGAAGGAUUUGCUGAAAAAUAUGGAAUCACUCACGCACUAAAAAGACUGUAUAUGAUUCUUAAUUGAGAAUGAAUUAUGAAUUGAGUACAAUGUUUGUCAUCUUAGUUUUGUUUCCUUUAGGUGAAUUAUAUAACAUCAUUUUGACCAAUUGGGAGGAAUUUAUUAAUGCAAAUGAUGGAAUACAGCAAAUUGAGCUUCCUUUGCCUUUUUUUCCAGUAAGCUGGUCAGUUUAAACAAACACUUAAUGAAAUAAACACUACCAACUUUUGGGAAGAGCAUUCUCAACUGGACAUUCAAGCCAAUGGACACUUAGCUGAAGUGUAAUUACAAAAUGUAUAUAAAGCAAUCACUGAUGCCAUAAAUGUCUCAUUAUUAUGCUGUUGUGUUGUUCUAUUUGUAUAAAUGAUUAUUCAGAAGCUAAAGUUGUUAAACAAAAGGGUCAAUUGUGACAUAGUUUCAUCCUUGUUCGGUACCUGAUAUUAAUGGCAUGAUGGAUGAGGCUAAAUAAAGAACAUUUAUUAUGCAA